AUGGAUAUCGUCAUUCGGCGCUCGAACGAGCGCCCUCAGGGGCGUUAUCGGAGCCAGUAUAAUCGAUUCGAUUCCAUCCCACUCGAGAAGCGUCACUACGGCAGGGCAAAAGUAAACUGUUGCCUGGAAGGGGGGACGGUUCAAUGGGGAUCGCUCCAAGACAGGGACAUUGUCAUCAUGCAUAUGCGUACCGACCUCACCCAGGAAAAACAUUAUCGAUUUGAGCGUUGUGUUGUUCAGCUUUCAUUCAGUCGGGACGAUCCGACUGUUCCCGAUAUACCUCGAUUACUCGAUCCUCUAGCUCCGGUGCAUUUGAAGGGCCCGGAUAAUGUGCAGCACCGUUCAAACGAGGCCUCUGCUAGCGUGGAUCUCGGGGCAGGUCCGACCACCGCCGGACUAAGUGUGGGUAGGAGUUCGGAGUAUGAGAUCAAAGAAUCGUGGAAGUAUAUCAGCUACCUGGAGCCAGGGGAAGACGGUGAUUACCAGGACUAUUUCACACGGGCGAGUUGGUCUUGGGAAAAUGAAGGUCGCUCUCGAAACGACGACCUGAGUAAACUAUACUCCGGCCUGGUUUUACAUCAUUUCUCCCAUCCGUUUCGGGUCUCUUGCUCUAUCAAGGCCAAGAUGUCCAACAAUCUAUAUAAGUUCAAGAGAUUCAAAAGUCAUCGACAAACACCCAAAAUCACCGUGAUAGAGAGACCGAACGGUUUACCUCGGACAGACCUUACGGCUACAGUCGAUAGGUUGGAGCGUGAUAUCAAAGAAAAGAUUUGGGGAGCAAUGGCGAGUAAGUUAUCCACGCGUUGA